UAGUUGCAUCUCACACAAUUUCGCAAAGAAACAUAAAUAACUUUAAACAUCUGGAAAACUUUGGCGUCAAAUAUAGAUUUAAUCAUGUAUGAGAGUGCACUAGAGCUUAAUCAUUACUCUGCCGUUGUCUGAUUGCUAUUACUGGCUAGAAAUCGCCAAGGCAAGUGGGAACAGUGGAGGCUUUGGAGUAUUUUCCUAAUGGAUGCUGAGGAACAGCCUGCCUCCCCAGAUCCUGUAUCAGAGGAUGAGCUGGAUUUGGAGAAUAAGAGUCCAAGAGAGGAUGUGGACUGUGAGGAUGACGGGGAGAUCAACACUGACGAAGGCAAAGAUAUAGGUGACCUUGACCCCAAUGAAUCGUCUAACCUUGGCCCUGAGUCUCCUGACUUUGACCCCUCACCUCAGAGUCCAACUAAUCCUGGUCCAGAUUCUCCUGAUUGUGAUCCCACGUCUGAUAAUGGCAAUCCUGCCUCACCAGAAAUUAAUGACUAUUCCGAUACUAACAAUUCUGAUGCAAAUGAUGACACCGAUCUUACCUCAGGUGGCCCAGUAAGUGACGGUUAUCAGCACGAGCUUAAACGUAAGGAGAGCUCAGAUGCAGGUCAGGACAGGGUAGGUGAAGAUCAAGGUGACAGAGGAGAUACAGAGUAUGGCAGUGAUUCGGAAAGAGGAGGGGAUUCUGUCAGCAAUUUCAGUGUAAAAGACCAAAGCGAAAUUGGUGAAAAUGCUGAAAAAUCUUCAGAAAAGGACUCUGAUGGAGAAAGUGGUAAUUCAAGUGUUGUUUCGCAAAGAAAUGCUGAAAAUUUGAGCUCUUGUCGUGAAGAAGGAUUUGGUAAUGAUGUUGAUUGGACAAGGAGAAGAGAUUCGGUAAAAUCCGAAGAGGAUGGGGGAGUGGUUGUUGGACUUGAAGCUCUGGCCAGCCUGGCGAAUGAGAACGGGCGUUGCGGUUCACCUAGCAUCGUUAGCGAGGCUACUGACACGGUGGCUGGAUCACUUGUGGUGGAGACUGGUUCUCUUGGCGGGGAGUCUAGCACCGUGCGCUCCAUGCCUAGGUCUGAGGCUAGUGACUACGAUUACCAGGAUGUGGAGAACGGAGAAGAUGAGGACUACCCUAGCACAAUGCAGGAGCGAAUCAGCAGAAGGCUCUCGGGGAACGACGCAGAGGAAAGUAAGCCCGCAUCACCAUUAGACUCUGGGUCCCCUGGAGGAAAUGGUCAGUCUAAUGAUGGAUCUAAUGGUCAAGCCAGUAGGUUGAUUUCUGGGAGCAACGAAGGUGAACUGGAUGAAAGUGCAGACGAAACCAUAAGAAGCCCAGAAGCCGAUGCAAACACUGACAUGGAUAAUGCCGACUUGUAUCCGGUUGAUUCAUUGGCCUCUGGUAACCAAAGUGAUAGAGAUGAUGAGGGUAUGAUUGAGGAACCUGCUCCUGAGGAAGAUUUUGAUUAUGACGAUUUGGAUCUGGAGCCAGUUUCUGAAACUGCCCCUGAUUCUUCCAAGGGAGGUAAUUAUAGUGCUACAGCUGAACCAGCAGACAGUUCUGGUGUAACAGACUUUCAGAAGAGUUCUGAUUCAUGUCGGCCCAGUGACUCUAAAAGAAAGGUCCUCUCUAAGCUUGCGGCUGACUCUAACCUUGUGACCUCAACAGACAGCGUGUCAAGGGAUUCUGUGUCUAGUGGCAGCAGGUCAGUCCGAUCUCCAAAGACAAAUCUGGCAGAGGACCAUGUGGAAUUGGAUUAUGAUGAAGAGGAUAUUGGUACAGAGGUGGAGGAGAAGGGUCAUCAUGUGGAGGUUGGGGAUGAGGAGCUGGAGAAUGGAGAACUGCCUGAUGAUGAAGAGGAGGAGGGCGAGGCAGGUGAUAAGUCAGACGAGGGAGAGGUGGAUGAUGACGACGACUGUGAAGAGGGUGAGAUUCGGGAGCCAGGUAACAGGAAGCCAUUUGUAAAGCCUGUUUGUAGGUUCUUCCUCAAUGGCAAGUGUACAUGGGGCACAAACUGCAGGUUUCUUCAUCCAGGUGUCAAUGACAAAGGAAACUAUCGUUUAAUAGAGCGUCCAGAUUUCAACAACACUGGUCCAGGAAUGGGUAUAAGAGGUCCUUUUGGCCCAGGCCCUUGGGGACCAGGAGAUAGAGUUCCUGAUCCAGAGUUCAUUCCACCAAUGGCUGAUCCUGUACCUUCUGAGUCUGCCUGGGAGAGGGGAUUGCGACAUGCCAAGGAGUUGAUGAAAAAAGCUAGCCAGAGAAAGGAGACUGACCCAGGAUUUGAGGAGAAACGCUUAAACUUGAGUUUGGAAGAAGAAAGGGAGUUUAACAAGGAAAAUGACCAAAGAAGAUUAGCGAAGGAUCCUUACAUAGAUUCCUCGUUUGAUGAGGAUAUCUAUGACAAACCCCCCAGUGCUUGGCAGCAAGGACAGUAUGAAAACUUUGAGGUACGCUGGAACCGAGAACCAGACUUCCCCUACAGAACUCAGGAUAAAGACCGUGGCCCUGGUCUUGGUGCUGUCCCUGGCCCUGGCCCAGGACCAAUACGUGACCGUAGGGGCUCACCCCCCUCCCCCCGUAUGGGCUCUGGCCCACCCCACUUCAUGGGCAACCCAAACCACCCCCAUGGACCACCUAUGCACCCUGCAGAUAGAUACAACAAGCGUACUCGGGAGAGCCAUAGAGAUAAAUGGCGAGGCGAAGAGGAGAGUUUUAACUCAGGAGAACCACGUGUACGCGCGGAUGCCUGGCAUGACCCCUGGCGAAGGUCAAAAUCUCCAAAGAGGAAGCCGCGUGAGUCUCCAUCUCGUAGCAGGUCACGAGGGCGGCGGCGUUACCGCAGAUCCUACAGUUACUCAUCAUCGUAUUCAUCAAGCUCUUUCUCUGGCUCAUCUCGGUCAAGGUCAAGGUCGUCCUACUCAUCACUUUCCAGUCGCUCAUCGCACAGUCGCUCGUCAUCAUUCAGCUCCAGAUCUCGUUCUCGGUCAAUGGACAUGUCCAGGAAGAGACCCCCUCAAGACCAUUCAGUAGGACCCCCAGCCUCAGGCCCCGGGCCGGGACCAGGUGCUAUGGCUACAGGACUCGCCCAAGGGGCAGGCCCAGCUGGGGACAGAAAAUUAGGGCCGGCAGCAAAGACAGGUGAACCUAGAAGUGCUGUGUCAGUGAAACCACGACACCCUAGAGGUGGCCCUGACAAGAGGCGACCUGUCAUUGGUCCAAUGCCACGACCACCCCCGAAAGAGAAGCCCCCUCCCCCGAUGCCUGAAGGACGAGGCAGAGGCAUGCGUGACCGUGACGACAGGGGUAUGGCCAGAGGGAGAGGCAGAGGCAGGCCCAGAGAAGGACCCAUCCCAGGGAGACUACCAGCUAAAAAUCGUGGCGUCAGUAAUUCAUCAAGCGGUUCCAGUCGUUCGCGCUCUCGCAGCCAUUCAUCCUCCUCGACCUCGAGGUCACGGAGCGUGAGCAGUGUCUCUUCCAUCUCCAGCACUAGUUCCAGCAGCUCCAGCGGCAGUGCCGACUCUGAACAUCUGUACCGAGACAUUGCUGAGCCUGACGCCCCUGAAAAGGACAAGGCCUCCCAGCAGACCCGCAGCAGGAAGAAGGGACCCCCUGGGGUGGGCCCCGAUCAUGGCCCCGGUCUGUCCCAAGGACCCCCUAUUGACAGGGACAGGGAACGAGGGCGCAGGGGAAACAACCAGAGAGAUCGUCCUCCCAGGGAGAAGCGACCGAGGAGAAGUCCUCCUGUAGACCUGCCCCCUGGUCCACGGGGCAUGCCGCGGCCCGGAAGGCCUGACACCCGUAGGGGACCAAUGGAAACUGGAAAACCACAGGUGUCUUCUACAACCCCAGUAAAGUCCAAAGAUCCAAUGAAAAUGGUGGGACAGAAAUCUAACAUCAAGCUGACUCUGAUCAGUAAGCCAUCCGAGAAGAACGGAGUGUCGGGUAGAAACGGCCAGCAGAAGGUAGUGCUGGUCCUCCAGCCAAAAAGGCACCAGUCUCUCCAACAAAGGCUCCCUCAGCACAUUUUCCUGCCAGUGUGUAAUGGUCUCUUCUUAGCACAUUUUCCUGCCAACAAAGGGUCUAAGCCUGCAGUAAAGACAGACAAACCAGCGCCUGUCCCCAACCCCAGACUCAAGCCUCCGGCAGCUAUACCCCGCCAAAACCAUCCCGGAGCUGGGCGACCAGCGACCUCACCCACAAAGCCUGUGAGCAAACCCACAGGAGGGGCAGCAGCAGCGGCCGCUGCAGCCGCUGCGGCAGCAGCUAAAGCAGCUAAGAAGAGCACAUCGUCACGGCGAGAGGAACUUUUGAAGCAGUUGAAAGCUGUUGAGGAUGCGAUUGCCAGGAAACGAUCCAAACUACCUUGACGAAAUGCUUCGUGUUAAUUCCUUGAAUUACUGCUAUAGACCUUUUAUAUAAUUCCCGAUUGGAUUUCUGAGUGGUGAUAUCUUGUCUGACAGAUUUCACACAUGAAAAUUGUAAUGAGUCGCCACUGGUUUAAAUUAGUUUUGGGUCAGAUCAUUGGUGGAUUAAUACUGGGAGAUUGUGUAUUCAGGGGAUCUUCUGUACAAUAUUGUAGAAACUUGCAUUUUUCUUCACAAGUUAAUUUCAGGGUGUCUGUCAGUCUUCUUUGUGUUUGUGAAAAACGUCCUAUGAGAAACUCAGCUGUUAUAAAACAGCUGUGUAAAUGUGCCCAGUUCGUCUCUCGCUGUCUUCCUCUAUGCAUCCAUUUGACUUGGGAUUAUUUCAGACAAAAUUAGGCACUAAUUACAAUAUAUCAACUGUUCCAGUAGCACUCUUGCAGCUCUACAUGAUCCCACUACGGCUUUUGUGUAGCCACAUGACUCCAUGAUAUGUUACUGCCACUCCCAUAACUUCAUGAGUUUUGACUGUGUGAGUUCUGUUUAACAAGUUAUUGCCCCGCUUCGGUGAGUUAAAAACAUGAUGUUAACUACAUGCUUAAACCUAGGGCUACACUAAGAUUUUCUUGGAAGGGGGAAGUUUGAGGGAGGGAUGGUGAGGACAGAGCGGCAGAUCGAGGGGAAAGGACGUAAAAACUGUCAAACUCGUGUGACCAAUCAUAUUGAUAUACAUGUGUACAAUGUACAUGUAUAGCAAGAUCAUCAGGGAGCAGUGUUUUGAUUCUAUUAUCAAAGACGUUGAUUACAAUGCUAACCAUAAUACAAAGCAUUUUAUUAGAUAGACUCCAAAAUAUAAAGUGUAGUUGAAAAGUUCUCAUUUUGAUAGCAGUGUACCUAAGUCAACUGUAGACCCUGGUCAACCUUGGUAGUUAACUCUGUGUAGUAGAAACGAAGGUACUUUGUGGAACAGGAAUUGUGUGUUACGUCAUUUCCUGCAAGGUGUACCUCAAAUUUUACAUCUUUUGAAAUAUCAAAUGGCAUCAGUAUAACAACACACAUCUUAUCCCUGAUACUGACCAAAACGUUUUUUUGUUUUUUUUUACCAUAAUCUGUUUUCAGAUGUUUUCAGUUAUAAUUACAUGUAAAUGUUUCUUUUGUAUAAAGUUUGUCCACCCUAGAAUUAUGAGCAUGCCAGUAAUUACAACCGGUUUGGAGGUGUUUUAAUCCUGCAUAUUUCCAUUGAGACUUGCAAGCUUCAUUUUUCAUUUUGGAGAAUUCUUGGUUAGGAAGUAAUUUAUUUUGUUAAUAAAUUUAUGUUAAAUUUACCUGUAACAAGAUUGAAAGAGCUAUAUUCAGUAACAUGUGUUGAGAUUUGGUGUUGGUGGGGAAGGAGAGGAAUCAGAAAAACUUUCAUUAAUACAGAAGUAAGCGGUCACUUUAAAUUGUUGUGGUAACAUCCAGGAAAUUUUUAGUUUAUACAGUUUAAAGUUAUUAUAGCCGUUUCAGAACAAGACAGCACCUGGCUACACAAUAUUUCAAUGGAAAACAGGAUUCUCAAGCUUUCUAAAAAGUAUCAUACUUAAUGAGAUUUUAAUGAGAUUUCACCAAAUAACAAAAAUAGCUGGUGUGAAUUGAGACAGACAUUUUUAUCCAAUCAAACACAUUGCUAUCAGAUUGCGUGGCCUAAGCUGUGACGUAGCCUUUACCCACUCUCUCCAUGAAGUGACAUAUGAUAACGCAGAACUAUUGCAUAAGACAUCAUUUUGAGAUAGUUUACUAUGAUUUAGUUACAUAUAACCAAGGGGCCAAUUCAUACGUGUUGUAGGACCGGUCUGUAUCAUUUACGGACCACCACAGAGGUAAAAUUAUUUGAUUUGCAAGCCGUGUCAUAUUCAAUGAAUUUUUAAAAUUAUGUCAGACAGUAGCAUACCAUCUCUACCCAAGCCGCAUUCAUCUCCCUAGUAGAUUUUUUUCAGUUUUCAUUUAUAAAUUACAGUAAUAAAAAAAAAAUUGUUGAAAUGUCGUGUUGAAGCCGAGGUGCUUUCUUUGACGUCCGCGAUAACUAAAUCAGCACUACUCUCGUCUUACAAACUGCCACCACAAAACUGAAGCAUAAAAUUCAGUAACAGUGAAAUGCCUAGAUUGGCCUCAGUGGUGCCUGGAUUUAUGUCCAUUUGUUUCAGAGCUGAGCAUGAAUCUAGUUCUAAAACAAUCCUUUUUGUAAUUUUGUAAAUAUUAAAUAGGGGUGAAAAUCACCAGCACAGCCCUACCGGAGGCUACGACUUGAACCAGGAAUACACCGGCUGUGCAUCUGCAGGCUACAUUAACUGUAAAUGAUAAGCAGGCUUACUGUAUCAACAGUUCAAGCAGUGGAAGAAAUAUCCUUCCAGUGUGCCCAAUUUCCAAGAAAGCUAUUUAUCACUUGGACCUUCAUCGCUGAAGUCCACAACUUUUAUCUGCCUAAGGCUACUGCUUUGACUAUAAUAUGGAAAAUAACUUGGUUAGAGAGCUAGAAUAAACUUGAUGUCAAUAAUGGAGAGGCGCUGAAGCUGUCAAGACGAAGUUUUACUACACUUAUACUGGGUUGAAAAAGAAUCUAAAAAAAAUAUUUAAUGCCAGUUUACGAUACCGUGAAUGGUUGUCUUUCAGUGGACAUAAACAUUAGUCAGGUGCUGUCUUUCACUUGAAGACUUUCAACACGUCUGCCACAGCAGUUCACAGUGCUAUCCAGUUUUUACAGAUCACCAGUUACCGCUGUUAAGUCGUGUAAUAACACAGGUAAUGUAUUCAAACACAUGUGAAUGUGGUCUAAAUAUAUCCUACUUUUCCCUCGUCGUUUUGCCACAUUGUGCGCAACAGAUGUACAGACGCGACUGUAUAAACUGAUCAUAAACCUGACGGCUAAAUCACUCCUCAUAUUGUAAAUAGGAUCAUCAAUCUCUUUGUACAGACUUGAGUAAUUUCAGGUUUUUCAUACCAUGUUGUAUUUGACCCGCAGUGAAAAGCUUUUUGCUUUGUUCCAUGAGUGUCUUUUUUUUCUUUUUUUUUUCUUUUUCUCCUCCUCCUUGCUUUCCCUUUAAACUUGAUCUGGUUUGUCUGGAACAACCUAAUGCAUUUUGACUUUGUAGGAUUUAAUCCCUGAUUAAAAGGUUCUGUAAGUUUAAGGCCCAGUAUCAACUGUUUUUAAUUUCUCAAAUCUCUCUGUGUUUGAUGACUUCAUUGCUCUCCAGUUUUGAUGCUUUCUUCCCUGACUUUAUUAGGCCAUUGUUACAAGUUGUAUAGGGGUAUAUAUUUGAUAUCUUGUAUUAAAAGCUUCCUUAUCUGUGAAUUCUGGAUAACCAGAAGUUCUGAAUGUUUCCUUCUCUCUGAACUUUUGUCGGUGUGUACCUGGCAGUAGCACAUGCUAUUCAUGUAAGUGGGUUUAAUUACUAUAUGUUUACCUAGUUUAAGAGUCACUAUUUUAUAUAAAAGUAGCACAGUCCAGUGUGUAACAAUUUCUAUUGAUAUAAUAAAGGUCCACGUAUGGCCCACUGAUAUA